CUAUUGCUACCAAGCACGCUGAGACCACUCUCAAAUACCACAUUCGUCCUGACAACUCAACCUACCAUUUGAUUGUAUAUGAUCCUGUGACGGGUAAGCGAAAGGUUGGUUUGACUCACCAAGGAUAUGACCAUGGAAGCACUUGGAGUCGCGGACAAGCCUGGGCCAUCUACGGUUUCGCAACAGUUUACAAGUAUACAAAGGACCCCAAGUUUUUGGAUGCUGCAAAGCGAUUGGCCGAAUACUUUAUGUCAAGAGUCGAAAACGGAGUCGUAUAUUGGGAUUUCGAUGCGCCUCGACCAUGUGUAUGGGAUACCUCAGCUGCCACGAUUGCCUGCUCGGGAAUGCUUCUAUUGUGCCAACUGCAAGGAAACCUUGAGUACCUUCCUCAAGUCACUUUGUUAAUGAAGACUUGCAUUGAUGGGGCAUUGACCAAUGAAGAUGGUGUUACCAUUUUGGACCAUGCUACAGUUAACAACUACGAGCAUGCCAAUCAGCGAAUUGCUGACCAUGGUUUGGUUUAUGCCGACUACUACUUUUUGGAAGUGGGAAACCGUCUGAUUGACUUGGGAUUAGCCCCGAGAAUGUAUCAUGGUAAUGAAAACCAUCAGCUACUAGAUCAUUUGGAUGCUGUUGUUCCUUGCAAGCUGAAAUGUGUUAAAGCGCAUCAGUCAAACAUUCUUUCGUACUCCCGAUGA